AAGCAACUGCCUUCACCUGCAAACCAACCCUUCUCUCAUUCCUUAUCCCCUCCUCCACCUCUCUCUCUCUCUCUCUCUCUCUCUCUCUAGCCAUGGCUUCUGCAACCGCCGCUCUCCUGAAGCCACUGUCAAUCUCCGAAACCUGCCUCGCCGCCGUGCCACCCGCCCGCUUCGCGCAAAAAAACCAAUACCCAGUUCUCUCACUCCUCUCAAAACCCACCAAGCUCGCACAAAUCUCCUGCUCCUUCACUCCCUCUCUCUCCUCGUUUCUCUCUCUAAAGCACAAGUCUUUGCCUCUCCUCCGCGUGGCUCAGACCUCCGACUGGGCUCAGGAGGAGGAAGUAAAGGAAGAGGCCGAAAGCGCUGAGGGGGAGGGAGCAGAGGAGAGCUCCGGCGACGGAGUUUUGGCGGUCGGCGAAGAGGAAUACUAUCCCGAGCCGCCGGAGGAGGCCAAGCUCUAUGUGGGUAAUUUGCCUUAUGAUGUUGACAGUGAAAAGCUUGCUAAUCUUUUCAAUGAUGCUGGAGUUGUUGAGAUUGCUGAGGUGAUUUACAAUAGGGAAACUGAUCAGAGCAGAGGAUUUGGGUUUGUGACUAUGAGCACUGUCGAAGAAGCUGAGAAGGCUGUGGAGUUGUUCCACCGUUACGACAUAGGUGGGAGGGCUUUGACUGUAAACAAGGCUGCGCCUAGAGGGUCGCGCCCUGAAAGGCCUAUCCGAACGAAUGAACCUUCAUUCAGAAUCUAUGUUGGUAAUCUGCCAUGGCAAGUGGAUGAUUCUCGUUUGGAGCAGGUUUUCAGUGAACAUGGAAAGGUGGUUAGUGCCAGGGUAGUUUAUGACCGCGAAUCAGGGCGUUCCCGCGGGUUUGGUUUUGUUUCAUUCUCUAGCGAGACAGAAGUGGAAGAUGCCAUUGCUGCCCUUGAUGGACAGAGUUUGGAUGGCAGAUCAAUCCGAGUAAACGUUGCAGAAGAGCGACCAAGGCGUGGCUCGUUUUAAAUGUAAGAUUGGUGCUUAGUUUUGGGAGAGGAUCCUGGCAGCUUGUAUUUCUUCUUUGACAAGAAAUUUUUUUUAGGGAGUUGAUGUUUAUACAGAUAGGUUAUCAUUCUGUCUUGUAUCUCAAGCAUGUCGAAAACAUUAUGGCCUGUAUCGUUCUCACGCUUAUCAAUCCAAUGCAAUUCCGUUCUCAUCUGAUUACGAUUACUGGA